CAGGGACCACAAAGAGAGAGACGGAGAGACAAAACAUGUGCCAGCGACUCGCGGUACCCUUCCUCCUGAUCGUCCAGGCCAGCCUCGGCUACUGCCCCCCGAACGCGUUAAGGACGACGGACACCUCAGCCCCUUCUUGGCUCAAUGGACAUCUAUCAGCUCGACAACGACGGUCGUCGCAUAGCCGGCAUCAACAGCGACCCAGAGGGACCGGCAGACGCGGCAGCAGCAGCAAUCCUUCAACGUGUCAUGCGACCCACCUCCACCACCAACAAGGGCCGGGGCGGAAUCAACGCGCAGGCAGCGGUAGCGCCAUUGCCGCUGCGAGCGGAAGCGGAUCGGGGGGUGAAGUCGGGUGCAGAGGGGACGGGGGGGUAACGGGAGCAGCCGUGGGCGGCCGGCGGCGGAGAACUUUCCUGACGGGCUUGAGGGCCAAGAGGGUGGCGGGGGAGGGUAUCUCGGAGGAGCAGGAGAAGGCCAGGGCGGCGCAUAGGGCACGGCUGGCGGCGACGCCGAAGCCCCCACCAAGAGAACACGUCCCGCCCCCGCCGAACACGCAGGCGCUUAACGUGGUGCUGACGCACACGACGGCGGAUUUCGACACCUUGGCGGCGGCGGUAGGGUUGGCCAAGCUAUGGCAGGACGAGCGCCCGGACGACGAGUGCUGCGUGUGCCUCCCACGCGGCACCCACCCGGUAGUCAAGCGCUUCCUGGCCCUUCACAAGAACCUCUUCCCCAUCAAGGCCUUGAGGGACAUCGAUCACGACCGGAUUUUCCGAGUUGGGCUCGUGGACGCUCAGAGGAUCGACAGGAUCGGGACUGCGGCUUCCCUUCUGGCGAAUGCCACAGAGGUUCACGUGGUCGACCACCACAAUGAGCAGAGCUCGGAUAUCAACGCCACUUCUAUCGUGAUCGAGAAGGUGGGGUCCGUUUCAACGAUCAUUACGGAGAAGCUGCAGGAGAGGGGUUUACAGAUGGAGGAGGCCGAAGCCACGCUGCUUGCUUUGGGGGUGCACUCGGACACCGGGUCGCUCACCUUUGACUCCGCCACUGCUAGGGAUGCCGUGGCUUUGGCGUGGCUAAUGGAGCAGGGGUCGAGCCAGCAGGCGAUCGCGGAGUAUGGGCACGCCGCGUUGAGCCAGGAGCAGCAGAGCACCCUCACGGAGUGCAUCAACAACCUCAACAGGACAUCACUGAACGGAGCCACUGUUUCGACGGCUCUGGUGCAGCUGGACAGCUACGUCAAUGGCAUGGCCGCUGUUGCUCAGAACGUUCUAGACGUUACCGACAGCGACGUGUUCAUGCUCGGAGCGCACUUCCCUCAGAAGCUGGGGAGGGAUCCCACUCACAUGGUGGUCAUCGGGAGGGCAAGGCCGCGAGUGAGCAAGGUGAACCUGGACGAUCUCAUGUCCAAUUACGGGGGAGGGGGGCACCGCAAGGCUGCCGCGGCGUCGCUACGGCUGAGUUCAGUGACGAUGCGAGGGGGUGAGCCGGCCACCGCUGCAGGCAUCAUGCAGGAUCUGGUGGACAGAAUAUUCGUGGAACAGAUUUCCGAGCUAGAAGUGGCUGAGGACAUCAUGACUGCCCCCGUGCAGACAUGUGGUGCCACAGAAACGAUCGAGGAAGUCUCCAAGGUGCUGUCCAGGCACGAUAUCCGAGGGAUGCCUGUCGUUGACGAGGAGGGGAAGGUGCUGGGCCUGAUCUCUUGCAAGGAGGUGGAGAAAACGGUGAAACUGGGGCGACAACACGAGCUCGUCAAGGGUUGGAUGAAGGAGCAGUUCCCUGUGGCGGAUGCCCAGGAUCCAUUACACGAAGUGGAAGAAAAGUUCAUCAAGGGGGAUCUCGGCAGGCUUCCGGUGGUGCGAGAAGGAAAACUGGUGGGGCUCAUUACACGGGCGGACAUGCUGAGACAACACCGCUUCUACGAAGGCCUGCACUACGAAAAUAGAGCCUUCGCCACCCCGGUCGACUCUCCCGUGAGGAAAAUGCUGGCGAAUCUGCGGAAAACGCUAAAGAAGUACGACGAGGAGUAAUGAAUAGCCUUUGGAUUAGUACACUUCCCAACAGCAGCAGCGUGAUUUGGUUACAACCGUGGUUGCUGUCCUCUUGUGUAGGCUUACGUGCACGCGUGGGGCCGGUCAAGCACGUGCCGCUAGUCGUGGGUGUACCGGAGACACGGUAGCGCGUUGGUGAGUGUGUGCUAUCAGAGGGCCGUCGGUUGCUGUUUUUGGCGUCGAACACAAGGCUAGUGGCGCCUUCGUGCCUUCCACGGAUAGAUGUCUCAGAUUGGUUUUGGCUUGGUCGAAGUCCGACCCAUUGAAGCGGCACGCUCUGUUGGGUGAGCUGCUGCACAUGAUACAUUAAAGAGGGACGGCGGUGCUUUAUUGUCGUGCAUUAGUUUUAGGCACGACGUGAAACUCUUGGCGUUGGCUGAAAGCUCAAGGUUAAGUGUGCAGAGAAACGCCAUGAUCGAUCAAUAGGUUUGCAAAACGCUGUGCGAAUUGCUAUAGGAUGCAGUACGUGAUUUGUGGGCAGCCGUGUGGCGAGUGCGGGACUACGCUUUUGAGUUGCUGGGAGCUGUGUAGACGAGACUGGACUGCUGUGCCAGCUGUGUGUGUUUACAGGGUGUACUUUAGGCGCUGGCGGAGUGUGGGGAGUUGACCUUUUCGUGUUUUUCUUUCCAGAGGAAGAGAGGGGAUGUUGGGGGUGUUGUUCGAACGCGUCAAGUCGAGACGAAAACAUGCGUGAGCGGGUCGUGCGGUCCGUUGUGAUGUGGGUCGUCAGGCUUGGUCAACCGUCUUGAUAGCAGUCGACGAAGCGAGAUAGAAAUGGCGAAAUAGAGGUUUCGCACAUGUAAAGAGGGACAAAGAGAGAGGGGGAGAGAGCUUGGCGAUUGAGGUUCGUG